AUGACCACUCCCAAACCACUCCGGAUCGCAUUCAUCCAUCCCGACCUCGGCAUUGGCGGCGCCGAACGACUGGUCGUCGAUGCAGCCAUCGCACUCUCCAGGCUCGGCCACGCCGUCACGAUCUACACCUCAUCCCACCAGCCCGAGCGGGCGUUUGCCGAGACGACCGACGGCACGAUCCCCGUCAAGCUGCUCGGCAACAGGCUCUUCCCCAGAUCGUUCAAGAACCGCUUCAUCACCGUCUGCGCCAUCCUCCGCCAACUCCACCUGUCCAUCAAUCUGAUCAUCUCCAGGCUGUUCUCAGACACCGACGCCGCUGACAUCUACUUCGUCGACCAGCUCUCGGCCUCCAUCCCCUUGCUCAGAUAUGGUACCCGCACCCGGCUCCUCUUCUACUGCCACUUCCCAGACCUACUGCUUUCCCCAAGCACCAGUAGCCCACCCAAAACCACUCAAGCAUGGCUCCUCUCGAAACUCAAGCUGAUCUACCGGAUCCCAUUGGAUUGGCUAGAGGAAUCCACAACCGCCAAUGCCGAUACUAUCCUCGUCAACUCACAGUUCACCGCCGAGGUAUUCGGCCGGACAAUGACCUCGAUCACCAAGCAACCCAAAGUUGUCUAUCCUGGCGUGGAUGUCAACAUCUACGAUUGUCCGAAAGCCGACCAGAUCGACCAGCAGAAAACUAGCGUGAUCCAUUCUGACCGGCCAACGAUCUUGUCGAUCAACCGUUUCGAACAGAAGAAGGAUAUCAACCUCCUGCUACAAGCGUACAUCCAGCUGAGGAAGAGCGACAACACUGCCAGUAAUCCGACUUUGGCCCCUCGCCUGGUCCUAGCAGGCGGGUACGACGAGCGGUUGAUGGACAACCGGCAGACCUUGAAGGCACUUCAGGAGAGCGUUCCGAAUGAUCUAGUCCAGCUGACUCUGUCGACGGAGGAAAUCGUCGAGCGAGCGGAGCGUGUGCCGGACGUGCUGUUCCUGCUCAACGUAUCCCAGGAGCACAAACUGGCGCUCCUGCACGCCCGGUCGACCAAACUGCUGGGCUACACGGCCUCCAACGAGCAUCUGGGCAUCGGUCCGCUCGAGGCCAUGGCCUGUCGGCUGCCCGUCCUCGCCGUCGACUCCGGCGGACCCCGCGAGACCGUCAGCCACCAGCGCACCGGCUUCCUCGUCCCCCCUGACCCCGAGACAUGGGCACACUCCAUCCGAAACAUCCUCGACAUGGACGACCACCAACGACGCCUGAUCGGAGACGCCGGCCGCAAACGCGUCCAAGAGCUCUUCUCCACAGACGUCAUGGGCAAACAUUUCGAACACGCCAUCCGUGAUACCCUCAGCCCUGCCCAUCAAACCGAUCUCUGGCUCGAACCCGGCUUUCUGCGUCUACUCGCGAUCCUGGUUAUCCCCUUCUUGACCAUCUGGAUCGGCACUUGGACACUCAUGUAG